CCGAAGGAAGAGUCAUUUGUUCAAUACUCUUCUGUAGAGGAUGCUAUUCAAAACAUUAAGCAGUGUGGGAAAGGAUCAUAUUGUUGCAAAACAGAUAUUUCUAAUGCAUUUCGAAUUAUCAACUUACAUGCAUCACAGUUUGAAUACUUUGGUUUCACUUGGCAAGGUCAUUGGUAUUUUGACACAUGUCUUCAGAUGGGUUGCAGUUCUUCCUGUCGUAUAUUUGAAAGGUUUAGUACAGCACUUCAGUGGAUUGCACAAGAAAAAUUAGGAAUUAAAUUUAUGACUCAUGUAUUAGAUGAUUUUCUAAUUGUUGACAAAUCUGCAACAGAGUGCCACAAAAAACUUGUGGCAUUUUUAACAGUUUGCGCCGACAUAGGUGUACCUAUGGCUAAGGAUAAGACAUUUGGUCCUAACAAGGUAAUGACUUUUCUGGGAUAUGAAUUAGACACCGAGAUGAUGGAGGCAAGGUUACCUAUUGAUAAAGUUAAAAAAUGUAGAGAUACAAUUGAACAGCUUUUACCAAGCAGGAAGAUUACUUUGAAGGACAUGCAGUCAGUGAUUGGUCUUCUUAAUUUUGCGUGUAAUGUGGUCUUGCCAGGUAGAGCAUUCUUAAGGCGACUUAUCAACACUACUAUUGGCAUUACAAAAGCAUAUUAUCGCAUUAGACUAAACAAAGAAGUAAAAGCAGAUUUAUGUACUUGGUUAGCCUUCUUGGAAAAAUUUAAUGGUAGGUCAGUUUUCUUACCAGAUAGGUGGGUUGAUUCCAAUGAAUUAAAACUGUAUACAGACGUUUCAGGAUCUAUAGGAUACGGGGCAGUGUUAGGUGGGCACUGGUUCUAUGGGACUUGGAAUGAUAAUUGGAAAAAAUGUAAUAUUACUCUCUUGGAAUUUUACCCAAUAGUGUUAGCUCUUAAAGUUUGGAGUCAUAUUUUUAAAAACAAAUGCAUUUACUUUUACACAGACAAUUAUGCCCUUGUGCAUAUCAUUAACAAGCAAUCGUCUAAGGAUAAAAGUAUAAUGUAUUUGGUUAGAGAGUUGGUGCUAAUUUGUUUGCAGUCUAACAUUUUGUUUAAAGCUAGGCAUCUGGGUACCAAGGAAAAUAUUCUAUGUGAUUGCUUGUCUCGUUUGAAGGUGCAGCAGUUCCAUCAACUUGCUCCUUGGAUGGACAAAGAACCAACAGUGAUUCCCAAUCUGCCAACAUUACCUCCUUAGAACCAGUCUUGAGGAACCUGUUGACUUCAACAUUGGCACCAGCUUCCACUCAAGCAUAUAAACGGGCAUGGUCUAUUUAUAGAAAUUUUGCAAACAAAUUUGAUAUGAGUAAUGAUCUUCCGUUGUCUCAGGAAACUUUGGCUUUGUUUAUCUCUUAUUUAUUUGCUGAAGGUUAUGCAGCCUCCUCUAUCGUAUUCCUGGGUAGAUGGAAAUCGGAUGCAUUUAAAUAUUACAUAAGACACGUGACACCAUGUUGAUAUAUGCUUGAGUGGAAGUGGAUCCUCGGAGCAGAUUUGUUUUGUUAAUUGUGUAGGAUCUCGACUUCGAAGUGAUUUUCAAAAGUAUUAACGUAUGGGGGCAUAUGUUUAUCCCUCAUCCAGAACAAUAGCGCCUAAGUCAUUUGUUAAUACUUAGGCUGGUAGGUGACAAGAUCGCGUGCAUAUAAACAUUUAAAACGGUGAGGAAGCUUACAGUGUGAAAUAUUUUUCAAUAAGAGGGCAUAUGUCUAUCCCUCAUCUAAAACAUUGCUCGAAGUAGUCCUUAAGUGAAUACCACAUACAUGUGAACUUAGUAAAAAACAGCGAAUAAGAUGAUGAUUUGCUACUAUAAGGGCAUAUGUUUAUCCCUUAUCGAACAUUCUACAUAGUGAUUCGUUAAUACUUGGGACCCACAGACAUAAUACACUAGGAAUAGUAAACUCAUUUGGUUGUGAUGGGGGCAUAUGUUUAUCCCUCAUUAGACACUUUUGAAUUCAAAUUAAUAGAAACAGUAUCUUGUCAUAUAUAUAUUUCCUGAGAAAGUUGUUUUAUUGCAUUACGGGACAUAUGUUUAUUCCCAUGUUUGUAAAUUUUACUCACUUUUGGUAUGAUUUAUGUUUGAGGUGUGUUGCCAUUUAUUUUUCCUUUAUGGGUCUGAACUUUCCCUAGUUCGGUCAAGUCAGUGGCGUUUUCAGACCCAUUUUCAUGAUUUUUCUGUUAAAUCUAAGUGGUAAUUACUGUAAAUUUGGAUUAUCUCCCUUUACAAAAUUGGUUUUAUUUCUCAUCUUGAUAUCUU